UCUUGACGGUGCCAGGCAUUAGGUCUAAUAGCCGAGCAUGAUGUCAAUCUUGUUGAACACUACCAAUAAGAGGAGGGUUUUACUACUGUUUUUACUUGUCCUUUUUUGUGCUGUCACAAUGUUAAUACAAUUUUACUUGGUGAACAAGUCCAGGCAUCCUCGAGAGAUAUUUUUUAAGACUGGUCUACUGUCCAACCACCUUCAGGUUCAAUGUACUCGACCAGUUAAGGACAUCAUGUUCCUAAAGACACAUAAAACAGGCAGCAGUACACUCACGAACAUCAUGAAUCGAUAUGCCGACAGUAGAGAAUUAAAUGUGGUCAUACCAGCACAAGACGAGGUCUACACCUUCUACUGGCCUUACAAGUUCCAAUUAAACUUUAUUGCACCCUUAAAUAACUUCCCUAACAUCCUUUGUAACCAUGCUCGCUUCAAUAAGAUACCUAUGAAUAUUUUACUGCCCAAAACAAGAGCUAAGUACAUCACGCUCCUGAGAGAGCCUGUAUCCAACUAUGAAUCUGUUUUUUACUUUUUUAAUUUGGAUGGUGUUUUAAGGCUAAAGAAAGAGAGCCGUACGACAAUGGGUCGUUUUUUAAGUCGAAAUAUUUCUUUGGUAAAAUUGCGAGAGCUGAUAAAGAAAAGCUUUUAUACAGCAUCCGCGUUAGCUAGGAAUCCACAGUCGUUUGAUCUGGGAUUAGAGAUGGAGUAUUACGAAAACAUCACAGCCGUGAAAAACUACAUCGACUUUCUAGAUAGCGAGUUUGAUUUGGUCUUGAUUUUGGAGCAUUUUGACGAAUCCCUUGUCCUUAUGAAGCGGUUAUUUUGUUGGGAUUUGAAAGAUAUUUUGUACGUCAAACAAAUGGAACGACUAAAAAUAGAAAGGAAUAAAGAGGUGAUCACUGACGACUUGAAAAGUAAGAUUCGAAGAUGGAACAAAGCAGAUGAUAUGCUAUACUCUCACUUUAAUGCUACACUUUGGAAAAGAAUUCAUUCAGAGGGACCGGAUUUUUAUGAAGACUUAGAAAUAUUUCGUUCAGAGUUAAAGCAACUCCAAGAUGUCUGUCUAGAAAAAGGYUCUAGAAAGACACUUGCUUAUAGAAAAAAGUAUGUCCGAGGAUACCAGGUAAAAGCAAAUGUUACCAAGGCACUGAAAAAUUAUUGCCAAAAAUUUGUGUUAAAUGAAGUUGAUUAUUCAAAGUACCAUCGAGAGAAAUUGAAGAAACAAUCCAAGGCUUAAUUUGUAGAAUUUCGUAUGGAGUAUGGAAAUUGGUACAAUGUACCUCUAAGGGCGGGUUGAGGAAGCAGCAUAAGAUUAGCCGAUUAUGUUUGAUUGACGGUUUCUAGGAUUAUACUUCAGUUGUUCAGUUGUUCAUUGCUGUCAUAAAAUUGUCAAUCGAACCAAACUCGCCAGCUGAGUGACCUUCCAGAACAAACUCAAGGUCAACCAAUCAGAAUUGAGGAUUUAACAUCAUAUUUUGAUUAGCAUUUUCCACGAUUCUGCCAAGAGAAUCUGUGAAUACGAAUUCUUUUUUCUUUAAAUUGAUCUUAAAGGCUACUAGUUGAACUUAUUUUGGGAUUCUAGCUCAAUAAACACGAGAAAUCUACAUUGUACUCAGCCCCUGUUACGAAAAUGCUAAACAAUAGUUGAGCUGCAAUCCCUUUCAGUGGGGGAACGCAACGAACUCAGCUGGCGUAUUAGCGAUAUGUGGCCUAGCCUAAGGUAACGUUAUGGAAAGCGAGACUUCAUCAAAAUAUAUCUACUUUGUAUAGGAAAUCAAAUGGGUUCCAGUGCAGUUUGAAAACAAUCAGUGAUCACUAGUGCAGAUUAUAAUCAAGAUUUUAAAAUUGCGGUCUAACGGGAACCUGAAGCGCCUCACAGCGGCUGCGCAGGAGGCUAAAAAUGUUUGAUUCCUUUGUUUCUACAGAGCUCGAGAGCUGCGAUUGGAUAGUUGCGAAAAAAUAUCAAAAAAGCCUUGUGUUCAUGGUUGGAGUGUCCGCAUAGCCUGGAGCCGCCACGGAGGCUAGCGUUCAGACUGUAGAUCACAGCGGGGAACCCACAUUCCUGAGGAUAAAGCUCAUCAUCUGGUGACAUUGUCUAUGACUGACAUAUUGGACAUAGGGAACUAAGUGUAGUUAUUUAUCAAUUGACACGGUCUUCUUUGUUGUUAUUCACAAGACUUUAUUUUUGCUAUAGCCCUCUUUAUAAAUAAUACUAAUAAUAAUCGAUCGGCUUUGAAAAUUAUCUGCUGAAAGUAAAUUAUACUGUUUGUUUGUCUGUGUUUCACCUUUGUCCUCGUUUUUAUGACGCCAUUUGCACGCUGCGCUAUUGUCGGUAGAUUAGUAUUAUGCCUCCAAAUCGGGAUAGGCUGUUGAACCGGGAGACAA